AUGAAGAUCUUCUCGAGCCUAGUUUUCCUUACCGUGGCCGUGCUGUCCUGUGCCCUCAUCAUCAACGCUUCGCCCACAACCCGCACAGCACGAAUCGUCACUAACAAGCUGGAGCUCGCAAUAGAGCAGACGAUUGAUGUUGAUGAGCUAGUUGGCAAUACAAACCUCUAUAAUAUGUUUGACAAUGCACCUACCGACGAUAACUUUUCGCCAACCGAUAGUGAAGAAAUUUUCAAGCGCAUGCUCACUCUCACCACUAGCCAGAACGCGCUCAUGGACCGACUCUCUGGGCGCUUCGGUCUCCUCUCAAGUUUCAGUUACUCAGAGCCCGUACGGUUCUCGAUCGUAGUUCUCGCCACCACUGUCCAGCAACUUGCAGAGAAUACCAUUCGCCUGGUCCCGACGCGGAAACAGGAGCUCGAGGACGCGUUUGUGGGCGUGAGGGAGGACUACCAAAAAGUGAUGAAGAACUACUCGGGGUAUAAGCGGGCUGGUGAUUUGUAG